AUGGCCGGUGUAAUCGGAACUCGGUCGUCUUUUGCUGUCGAUGUGGACAUCCUGUUGCGAAGAGCACUCGUACUUAGUAAACUAUUCACAAAAAGUUGGGGUAGUCCUCAGACGUUUCGAGAAUUAAUGAAGCACAAAUCAGAGGUGAUGUCAAAACGAAGAGCUGAAGAAUGCUGGAAGUCAAUGAAAGUGGAAAUGAUUGUAGAGAAGGAACAAGUGAGUCGAGGUGUGCGAGUGCUUGAUGGGUAUUUUCGGAGUCCUCAUGCAAUGAUGUAUCCGAACCAAAUGCCUGGAUGCCUACAAUGGGCCCGUUGGAGAGCAUAUCUGCCAGCUAUGCAAAGGAAAGGAGUCUGCAUUCAUUUGGCUGGUACUGGAGACCACUCUUACAUCAGACGUGAGCUGGGGUUUGCCAAAGGACUUCUGGAAGAUGGUAUUGGAUCUAUCCUCCUCCAGAAUCCCUUCUAUGGGGAACGUAAACCCCCAUCGCAAUUCCGAUCAUCACUUCAAAAUGUCUCUGAUUUGUUCGUCAUGGGAGCUGCAUUGAUCUCGGAGUGUAACUAUCUUAUUGACUGGGCUAAAUCUGAAGGUUAUGGACCAAUGGGUUUGUCAGGGGUCUCUAUGGGCGGAUUUAUGGCCUCAUUGGCAGCUUCCAACGUGUGCGAACCAGUGGUAGUCGUUCCUUGCAUGUCCUGGACAACAGCAGGACCUGCCUUCACCGAAGGUGCAUUACGACCAUCUAUCAAUUAUGAACGGCUUCAGCAACAAGUUGAAGAUAGGUCAUACUUGGAGAAACUUCGCAGCAUACCUAACCAGAACUGGGUAGAUGACAUGUUUGAAAGGCAUGAAAGAAAUGGACUUGGGCUUGCAUACAACAUGAUGUGCAUUUUAAUGGACGAGUUCACUUGCCUUCUCAAUUAUCCAGUGCCACUAGAUACCUCUUUAUGUACGGCGGUUGUGGCUGAACAUGACGCUUAUGUCCUGCGAUCACACGGAGCUCCAGAUUUUAGGCAAGUAUGGCCAGGAAUGCGAGUCCUUGAAAUGAAUCGCAUGGGACAUGUCACAGGUUUCCUGCAAGGGCAUCAAAUAUUUCGGAGUACUAUCGCCCAAUUGAUCCACCGUAUGGAAACCUUGAAAGAAUGA